UUAUUACUCUGACAAAAAAGUACAGACAAUCAGUUUUUUCACAAAUAGCUGAUGUAUUAGGUGAUUGUGUUCUGCCUCUUUUGCUCUUCACACGGACUGUCUACCUGCAGACAACCAAAGUUUGCUCAAACGUGGUUGGCCAUUCUGGAAACGGAGACCAGACGUCUGGCUCCUAAUCCUGUCGCCCUCCUACAGAUAUGCAUAUUCCCAUGUAGAAUCUGAUAUAGAGAUCAGCUCCUCUGCAACUACCAAAGAAGUUGUUGUUCUGACCUGAACUGGCAUUAGACUGGAACAACUUUCCCGAUUAUUCGACACCACAUGAACGCACAGUUACAGUGACAAUAGUCAGGUGGGCUGAGAUCACACAGUAAUUUUAGCAAGGAAGUGAAACAAAACCAGUUAGAGAUUAUAUAAUGGGGGAAUAUAUGGACAGGUUUGAGUCACAGCAUCAUCAUCUCCUGUUGCUAUUGCCGGCAUACCCAGUUGAUAAGGGAGAACUUGGCAUUCAGGAUGAACCCAGCAGCAGCAAACUGUCUCAGUGCCUCAUUAUAUCUGAUCCCUAAGCUCCCCACUGUGUAAACACAGUUUAUCUCCUGGGGCAGUCACACAGCUCUCUGUGGAGAAGUAUUUAAAUUCGAUGUUAGCUCAGAUCUAGUAUUUUGAAACUAAAAUAUUGAUAUUUAAGUUAAAUCAAAAAAGAAUCUUCAGUAUUGGUUGACAGUUCACCCUGAUAUUUCAAUUUGUGAGAGUAAAUUAUUAAAUCAAGAGCAGAAAAAGUCAUCUGUACCAAAAAUAAUCAUUUCAAGGGCCCAAAUUAGUUUUUGUUUCCUGUCAUGAAGGAAUUGUGCAGAGGUCAAGCUCUAUGUAUAAUUAAGAGACGGUGUUAUUUUGAUACCAGCAUCGGAGAAGCCUCUGAUACUGCUAAAAAUACCAGGUGGGGAAUCGUUGAGUACAUAAAUCUAUGGACAGAUCAAAUACCACGUCUUAAAUAUACCCUGAAGGAAAAUAUAUGUAGAGCAGCUGUGUCAAAACGGUUGACACAAAUCAGGUCAACUUCCAAAAAAACAGAUACAUAUUUCCUUGUUUUUCUCAUGAUUGACUGCUUUAGUUCCCAUAAUCUUUCUUUCCUCCAUGUGGGUUUUGAACAUGUGUGUUUUCUGCUUGUUUGUACAUGUGCGGCUUCUUAUAUUCCUGCCCUCAAAGAGUUUAUGUGUGAGAAAGAUGAGUUGGCCGACCUGGUACAGGACCUCAAACAUGGCAGUGUUAUUGGCAGUCAAAGGAGGGGGCUGUCUGUUUACAAAAAGAGCUUCUCCGGCGAUCAGCUGGUAGACUGGCUGCAGAAGGAGAAGGGCAUGGCCCGGGCUGAGGCCUGUAGCACUGGACAGGCAUUGUUGCAGAAGAAGUACAUUGUCAGUGUGCGUGGCUGUGGGCAGCAGGAUGGCGGUUUUGGAGAAGGGGAAAACGUCACUGACGCACUGUACAGGCUCCUGGAGGAUGACCCUCAUUCAGCCCUCAACGCAGGACAGACCGCAGGCUGCAGUGUCAAACCGGCUGCGGAGCUCUCUCUGCUUUUACGGGAGUUGAUUCUGAAACUGUUCUCUGAGCAUCUCUCUGCCGACGGCAAGUCCGUGGACUACAAAGGCAUGUCGUCGAACCCUGCCUUCAAGCGUUACUCUGAGCUGGCCAUCCAGCUGCAGAGGGUGGAGCUGCUGUCACUGAGCCGGGAGGAGAAGCUGGCCUUCUUCAUCAACACCUACAAUGCACUCGUCAUCCACGGGUUCCUCCGCCUGGGGGCCCCCACCAACAUGUGGUCAAGAUACAGAUUCUUCAACUAUGUGAGCUACCUGAUUGGAGGAGAAGUGUUCACAUUGCAGGACAUAGAGAACGGCGUGCUGAGAGGGAACAAAAAGGGUCUAGCACAGUUUCGAAGGCCCUUCUCCAACACGGACCCAAGGCUUCAAUUGGCUCUCCCGAGCGCCGAGCCCCUCAUUCACUUUGCCUUGAACUGUGGUGCAAAGGGCUGCCCGCCUAUUAAAACUUACACUCCACAGGACAUCGACAGUCAGCUCCGCAUAUCAGCCGAAGCCUUCCUGGAGAACGAUGAUGGCUGUGUGGUGGAUUCUGGGAAAAGAGAAGUGCGACUCAGUCAGAUAUUCAAGUGGUACAAGGCCGACUUUGGAGGCACCGAUGAGAACCUGCUGAAGUGGGUGCUGGAGCACAUGGGCGCCUCUCCGAAGAAGACCAGCCUGCAGGGCGUCAUGUCUGAAGGCAAAACCAAGGUCACCUUCCUCCCUUAUGACUGGAGCUCCAACGGCUCCCACUGAGCCUCUCACUCAGAAACACACCACACCCAGCUAUACACUAUGUCCCUUUGCAUCUGUCUACUUUCUCCUGAGCUGCAUCUCCGUAAACAUCAUGCAAUUAUUCUUAUGCAAAUCCAAAGGGAUGCGUCUGCACUGAACUCCAGAAUUGUAUUUGUCUCGUACGUUAGGUGUUUUGGUUUCAGGUAAUGCCAAAAACAACAGGAUGACGAGCGAGCCUAUUUUAGAAAACAAGACGCUCAACAUUUUCUACUGCAGCGGCACAUUUAAUAAGAUGAAAUGCACUUCGAAUGAGUCGUUGACUUUUCGUAUUGCUAAAACAAAUGUAAAAUGAUAAACUCUAAAAAAACAACACAUACACAUCUCAAAUUAUCAAAGAUGAAAUGAUCACAGAGAAUUCCGGUAUUAUAACAACCUCAAUCAUCAAUAUGGCUUUCAUGCUUUCAAGUCCCAGUCUUUAAACAGCACGUCAGCAACUCAGGACCAAUAGAGGAUCAUGUUCUUCUCAGUCCAGUUCAACACAUAUUUGAGGCUACUUCACAUGAAGAUAAUAACUUUACUGAUCCAAAUACUCUGCCUUGAUAAGCCAUAUCAAAAUACCUUAAAAAAAAAACACUCAUUCCAGUGUAGUGGUCUGCAGAUUGUCAACAGAGCUGGUCCCUUAUUCCGGUAGCGUCUUCAGUGGCCACAUCUCCACCUCCACGAAUUAAAAUACUGUGUCCAUGUUUUAAAAGACACAGAGAGAUACAGUGCUCAGACUUUUGCAUGUCUUGGAUCUGUUUUUAUUCCUAACCCCUGUUGGCAUUUUGGUUCUCCCUCUCUUCUACAUCAUCGUCCACCCUCCCCUUCUAAUCCAGGUCUUCCAUUUGAAAUUGCAGAAGUGCUACAACUGUGUUUUUUCCACACAGGUAUUUAUUAAGAAAUUUAAUAAUUUUGUGAAUAAUGAAAAACACAUGUCCAAGCUGCACCCACAUGGGAUGCAUUCUAUCAAUCUACACGUUUAUCACCAACUCUGCUGUUGAAAUAUAUUUGUACUUUUUCACAAAGAAAAAUGUUGUGGCAAUAAUGUUCUGUGUUAAUUUGACUAUUUAUUCAAGCACGUCUGUACAUUUUAUUUUGCUGUUGCUAAAAUCAGAAGCAAUUAAAUGUAGCAGUUUAAGACUUAAUUCAGUUUGAGUUUUUCACUUGUCACUUCAGUUUCCACUAUUGACUGCAUAUCAAGAUGGACAGCAUGUCUCCAUUUCCUCCCACAAUCCAGAAAUGAAGCUAAAAUAUCAUGGAUACGAAUGGGUUUUAAAAAAAUGUGAUCAAACUUCAGGGUGACAAGAGCAACCUAAAAUGACAGAAACCAUCACAUAAAUGGUUUAGUCCUUCUCCCAACCAUUAGCAUGGAAGAGGGAGUAUCUAUGGCCUAUAUUGCAGGCAGCCACCAGGGGGCAGUCCAGACUGUUGGGGAGCAGUCAUGUCGUCCAUCUUUACAGUCUAUGGUUUCCACCUAGACACUGAAGUUUGACUUUUUUGGCUUUCGAUUUUACCUGGCCUUAAAACCAUCACUUGUUUUCAACAUGAUGCAUUGUUCUGUGUGAUUUCCCACACACUGUGGUUAAAGGAAACGUGUGACUUUGCAAAUCUUUAAUCAAGUGAUCUUUCCACAAUUUCGGACUUAAUCUCUGGUCAAAGGAAAAUGUGAGUUGAACUGAUUCAAGUGUUGGAUGUGAGCAUACUGUGCCCUGCAUGUCGUUCCUGCUGUUUCUCCUCAUUCUGUAUCUUCUACAUUUGUUUGCAAAUAAUUGAUUGCACGUCUGCACAUGACUGUACAUGUUACUGUGCAUUAGUUUCUGUCUAUAGGCUACAAGCGUCACCAAAGCAAAACUGUUUACUGAGCAUGUGUUAGAACUGGAAUGCAUUAGCUGCAUGAAACAUUGUAAAAGCCUCUGUGCUUGAAGGCCUGUCGCAGGGCUGCCUCUGAGUCUUAUCAACAGUCUGCACUUUUUCUUUCUCUGCGACGAUGGACCUUUGACUUUAUUAACGAUAGACUCAGUUUAACAUAUGAAGGGAGGACACAAUGGCUAUAUUGAACAGGAAAAAAGCUUUUACUAAACGUCAGGGGUUUUCAAAGACUGACACUGUCGGCCUUCCCUCAGACAAAACAUGGGAAAUGGCGCCCCCUUCCUCUCAUCUUAUUUUACUUGAUUAGUUUUGCUCAAUACCUGGAUGCCAAUAGCAUCAUGGUUGUGUUUUUUGAUCCCACAGACACUCAACAGUUGAGUCAAGAAAGCUUAUAUUGCAGUUUGACAUAACUUCAUAUUGGACCAAAUACAUACAAGACACAUUAGUUUAUGACUGGGAAAGUGGGAAAAACUACUGAAUUUCUUCAUGAUCUCUUUGACCAAAUCACACAUGUGAAGGCUACAUAUAUGAUAACUAAUGUAAUAACUAAUGUUACAUUAUUUCCCUUAAAUUCACUGAGCCAAACAUCCCUGAAACUGUUUGGAGCCCCCCUGGGGAGGCCUGCCUCACACUUUGAAAACCUCUGUACUACUUUAUUUAUGAUGUAAUUUAUGAUAUCAUUGUAUUUUUUUUAGAAUUACCUCAUGUAACAGGUAUUUAAUGCAAAAACAGUUGUUGUUAACAAAGCAAUUCUAACAGAAUCAUUCUAUUUUCCUCUAACCUGGGGUAUAUCGAAGCAAUAUGUUUAUGGUUGAUAAAUAUGCAACGCGGAACUAUACAAUAAAGUCUAUACUGAGUUA